AUGGUGUAUCCUAAUCAAAUUGAAUUCAAUAGAAGAAACUCUAGAGACGGCAUAGUAAAUCAACGAAGAAAUAUUAACGUUCAAUCAAAUCCAAAGGAUAAUCAUGGUGGUAUUGAGGUACAAAAUUCUUAUACAUCGAUGGAACCAGUGACGCAUGGUCAACUGAUAGAAAUUCUGGCUCAAAAUUCUAAUUAUCAAAUGCAACAACGGCAAUCAGGUCAAUACCCUCAAUUAGUUCAGAAUCAUCAACAACAACCUAUUUAUGAACAGCAACCGUUGUACCAGACAAUCCCAAGUCAAAACCAAGCACAUUCAGCUUUACAACAAAGAAGUCCAAGGUUGUUCGAUGACAAUCAAAGUAAAAAAUCUAAGACUAGUCAUAAUUUAAAUUUGAAUGAAUUUAAUACUGUUGAAAGUCAAAUGUACCAAAAUCAAAAUCAUGCACUGCAACACUCAAAUCAAAAUACUCAACAAUAUGCUCAGCAACAGGGUCAAAAUGUGAGUCUAUAUGAAGAGCAAAGCCAACAUAGCGUUCAACAAGGAAUAAAUUGGAAUCUUUUAAAAUAUGCUAUUUCACAUGAUUUGCCUCCGUUCGUAAUUAAAUUUGAAGAUGAAGAAAAAUUAAGUCAAGAUAGGUUGCCUGGAGCUAUGCAUGUUAAAUCAUUCAUUCAAAAAGACCUAUGGAAAGCUGGUGUUAAAUUUCAAGGGUUCUCAUUAAUCAGACCAGUAAACAAACGAUUUAAAUUGUAUGUUAACAACAGAGAGGACUAUCAUAAAUUAUUAAUCUCAGAUAAGUGGCCUGGGGAAUGUUGUGAUAAGACGAUUACAGUUUUAAAACCUCAGUUCGUACCAAGCCAGUUUUCAGUAGUACUUCGUAAUGUCCUUCAAUCGAUUUCUAAAGACAGAGUGGAACAGGAUGUUAAAUACUCCAUUACGUCAGCAUCAAACUUUCGUACUUUGAUCAGCAAAUUCCCCAAAAAAUCGGUGGACUAUCGCUUCGAUGUUCCAGAUCUUGAAGAAUAUAAAAUUGCACUAAACCAAGGUGCAAUAGGCAUAGGGAAUGUUAUACGACAAAUAACAGAAUAUUUUCCGGCCAAUCGGAUACUUUACUGCACAAAAUGUUGGUCAAUUGGUCAUCGAAUUAGUGACUGUGUUGAACAAUAUUUUAAAUGUAAGAUAUGUUUAGAAUAUCUUAUUCCUAAUCAAUCACAUACGUGCUCAAUGAAUGUAAAAUGCGCUCAAUGCGAUGAAAACCACCUAUCAACAGCUCCAGAAUGUCUGAUUAAUCAAAACCAUCGGGAUAAAUUAAAUGUUGCAGUUAAACAGGCUAUAAAUGAAGGAAAGUUACAAGCAACGUUGGUGGACAACCGAACCACCGCCCCUCCCAGAGAUAUUAAUGAAUACCCUCCUCACUUAAAUGAAAAUAUCAUAUCGUCAGCUCCAGCACCUUGGGCGAAAGAUAAGAAUAAAGAUAAUCAACAGAACUCGAAUGAUUUACCUUUAUUUAUUCGUAGUGAAAUGAAAAAAUUGAUAAUAGAAUGA